GACCCGUACCGAGCCGGGCACGGUGCGCACGCGUGGCUCGCAGCAGUGACGCUAUUGUUGUGGCGCGGCGGGGAAGCACGUGAGGAGUGCUACGUCACCAUAAACACUCGUGGGCAAUAUGGCGGCGCCGCCGAGCGGCAAGGUUGUAUAUGAGCAAGAAGGCGUUUUCAUUCACUCCUCCUGUGGAAAAAAUGAUGACCAGGACAGCUUAAUAGCAGGAAUACUGCGUGUCAUAGAAAAGGAAAAUGAAGUGGUAGUAGACUGGAGACCACUGGAUGAGACUUUGGAUACUUCUAAUAUCCUCUGUGCUGGAAAGGAUUCCAGUUCUGUUGUGGAGUGGACUCAAACUCCGAAAGAAAAAUGUUCCCGAGGAGCAGAUCGUCCAAGUAGUUAUGAAGCAGAAUGGGACAUGGUCACCACAGUCUCUUUUAAGAAGAAACCUCAUUCAAAUGGAGAUGCUACAACUCAUGCAAACAGAGAAAGCAAGUGGUCGUUCCUGUUCAGUUUGACAGAUCUGAAAUCAAUCAAACAAAACAAAGAAGGCAUGGGAUGGUCUUAUUUGGUGUUCUGUCUGAAGGACGAUGUGAAGCUUCCAGCUCUUCACUUUCAUCAUGGAGAUAGCAAAUCAUUGAUUAAAUGUCUUGAAAAGCACGUUGUACUGAAUGAAUCUCCACAUGAUGAACGGGUUCUUAUUGUGAAGACUCAGAAGUCACUGUCUCAGUCUUUUGAAAAUCUCUUUGAUGAGCCAUCAUAUGGCUUAUUACAAAAAUGGAAGAAAGAUCCAUAUGUAGUAACAAUGGGAAAAUUUUCCAAAGUCACAAACUAUAUUGUUGGUAGUUUACGUUCAAGUGAUCAAUCAAAUCAGAGACGACCACCAUCAGAAAUGGCAGACUUUCUCAAUGAUACCAUUCCAGGGCUGAAGAUAAAUCAGCAGGAAGAGCCAGGAUUUGAAGUUAUUACACGAAUCGACCUAGGGAAACAGCCUGAAGUUAGUAGAAGAGAGCCUGUGUCAGCUGAAGAAUGGGCUAAGAAUAUGGACUCUGAAGGAAGAAUUUUAGAUGUUGACUACAUAAAACGAUUGAUAUUCAAAGGGGGUCUCUGCCAUACUUUAAGAAAAGAGGCAUGGAAAUUUCUUUUGGGAUAUUUUCCUUGGAACAGCACUAAAGAAGAGAGAGCAAAUCUGCAAAAAAGGAAAACGGAUGAAUAUUUCAGGAUGAAACUGCAGUGGAAAUCUGUCAGUGAGGAACAGGAAAAGCGAAAUUCAAGAUUAAGAGAUUAUCGAAGUCUUAUAGAAAAAGAUGUUAACAGGACAGAUCGAACAAAUAAGUUCUAUGAAGGCGAAGAUAAUCCAGGACUGAUUUUACUUCAUGAUAUUUUGAUGACCUAUUGCAUGUAUGACUUCGACUUAGGUUAUGUGCAGGGGAUGAGCGACUUGCUGUCACCUGUCUUGUACGUUAUGGAGAAUGAAGUAGAUGCCUUUUGGUGCUUUGUAUCGUACAUGGAUCAAAUGCAUCAGAAUUUUGAAGAACAGAUGCAGGGUAUGAAGACACAACUUAUUCAGCUGAGUCAUUUGCUUCGUUUACUAGACAGUGGAUUUUGCAGUUAUUUAGAAUCUCAAGACUCAGGCUACCUUUAUUUUUGCUUCCGGUGGCUUCUUAUCAGAUUUAAAAGGGAAUUUAGUUUUCAAGAUAUUCUUCGACUAUGGGAGUGUGUCAACAGUGCAGGUUUAUUGUCGAAAAUGCGUUUAACAGGGGCACAAUAUUCACUGAAAACUCAGAAGAAAAGAAUAGAUGCUCAGGUCAUGUGGACGGAAUUGCCUUGUCAGAAUUUUCAUCUUCUCCUUUGUUGUGCUAUCCUAGAAUCUGAAAAACAGCAAAUAAUGGACAAGCACUAUGGCUUUAAUGAAAUACUAAAGCAUAUCAAUGAGCUGUCUAUGAAAAUUGAUGUGGAAUAUAUACUCUGCAAAGCAGAAGCAAUUUCUAUGCAGAUGAUGAAUUGCAAGGAAUUGCCUCAAACAGUCAGUGAGAUCCUGGGGAUAGAGAACAGUUUGGUAACACCGGAUUCAGACACAGGAGAGGAUGAAAGUGGAGCUGAGUUGAGCUGUCCGACAUCGCUAUAUCAGAGUAUCUCAACCCCUGUAAUUGCUGCCAAUGGGACGAGGGACGGCGCUCAACAGGCGGCCGAGACCCAGAGCCUGACACCUGCCUAAUGGUCCCCUUGGAGAAAGACUUUCACUGAGCACAUUUUGUUCAAGCACUUGAGAGAUGGAUAUUUAAAUUUGGUGUUGAUUAAGCUUUAAGGUUGUAAAGAAAAUCUGUACUGUAAUGCUUUUGCAUUAAAGCUUUACAACAUGACUCAACUUAACUAUUUUUGUAGUUUCUUCUACCAAAAUAGCCUUUUGUUUUCAAUAACAUUCCUUAAUAUUUUUGUAGCCAAGUGCAUUUUCUUUUUGCUGGUAAACUGGAAAUGGAUGGUGAUUAAGAAUGAAAGAAAUUUCUGCGUUUGCUGAGCUUUCACACAUAUUGAUCUAAGACGGUGUAAGCUCUCUGAUUUAAGCAGAUUCACAAUAUGCCACCUGAAGCUGCUGUACAAAAUUUUCAAGCUGAAGUGAUGCUGAUGUGCUAAAGGAGGAUUCUUUUGUAAAUGGAUUUUCCCUAUCUCAAAUGUUUACAAAAAUACUUCUAAGUAUUUGUUGCAGGUUGAAUGUAGAUUUGAAAUGGACAUUAAUACUUGCACAGUUUAAUGUCCAAAUACUGAAUUUUCUGUAAUUGGGAGUGGACGAACAGUAUAUUUUUACAUUAACAUAUCUUCACUUUAUAUAUACAUAUAUAUAUUUACACACAUACACACUAUAUACACAAUUGUUUGUGAAUACUAAAAAGGAUAGUUGUAUUUUCAAUAUCUAAAUAAACUUGACUGUUCAUUCAUAUGAAUCAGUUUGACCAAAUUAAUGCACAGCUCCAACCUGGGCUCUUUUUCAAAACUUUUCUAACUGAAGGUAACUUUCAUGUGAAUACAUUCAGUCCUACACUUGAUGUAAUUUUGCAAUUGAUACCUUGCAAACUUUACUAAUGUUCAUACUUGUUAAUAUACUAACUGAUCAAUUAACCACUUACACUGUUUUUAUGGCAACAUUAUUUGGAGAACUGAUAAGCAGGUUAUAAAAAAGCCAACCAACCAACCACACACCAAAAUAGUAAUCACAAUUAACAUUAAUGCAUUUUUUUUGUAUCUGCAAAAGGCAGUAUGUUUAUUCCAUGCCAUGCCGAUGUCCUCUGACGUUAUGUGAAAUUUAACAUAACUGAUUAAGUGUAUUCAUUAUUUGGUAACUAUUGUACAUAUAUAAAAUAAAAGUCAAAGCUGA